CACCCCGGCCCAUUCUCCCUCUUUCCAUCACCCCGCCCCAUUCUCCCGCUUUCCAUCACCCCGCCCCAUUCUCCCGCUUUCCACCACCCCGCCCCAUCCUCCCUCCUUCCAUCACCCCGCCCCAUUCUCCCGCUUUCCAGCACCCCGCCCCAUCCUCCCUCCUUCCAUCACCCUGCCCCAUUCUCCCUCUUUCCAUCACCCCGCCCCAUUCUCCCUCUUUCCAUCACCCCGCCCCAUUCUCCCUCUUUCCAUCACCCCGCCCCAUUCUCCCGCUUUCCAUCACCCCGCCCCAUUCUCCCGCUUUCCAUCACCCCGCCCCAUUCUCCCGCUUCCCAUCACCCCGCCCCAUUCUCCCGCUUUCCAUCACCCCGCCCCAUUCUCCCGCUUUCCAUCACCCCGCCCCAUUCUCCCUCUUUCCAUCACCCCGCCCCAUUCUCCCGCUUUCCAUCACCCCGCCCCAUUCUCCCGCUUCCCAUCACUCCGCCCCAUUCUCCCGCUUUCCAUCACCCCGCCCCAUUCUCCCGCUUUCCAUCACCCCGCCCCAUUCUCCCUCUUUCCAUCACCCCGCCCCAUUCUCUCUCCUUCCAUCACCCUGCCCCAUUCUCCCUCCUUCCAUCACCCCGCCCCAUUCUCCCUCCUUCCAUCACCCCGCCCCAUUCUCCCGCUUCCAUCACCCCGCCCCAUUCUCCCGCUUUCCAUCACCCCGCCCCAUUCUCCCGCUUUCCAUCACCCCGCCCCAUUCUCCCGCUUUCCAUCACCCCGCCCCAUUCUCCCGCUUUCCAUCACUCUGCCCCAUUCUCCCGCUUUCCAUCACCUCGCCCCAUUCUCCCGCUUUCCAUCACCACGCCCCAUUCUCCCGCUUUCCAUCACCCCGCCCCAUUCUCCCGCUUUCCAUCACCCCGCCCCAUUCUCCCGCUUCCCAUCACCCCGCCCCAUUCCUCUUUCCAUCACCCCGCCCCAUUCUCCCGCUUUCCAUCACCCCGCCCCAUUCUCCCUCUUUCCAUCACUCCGCCCCAUUCUUCCGUUUUCCAUCACCCGCCCCAUUCUCUCGCUUUCCAUCACCCCGCCCCAUUCUCUCGCUUUCCAUCACCCCGCCCCAUUCUCCCACUUUCCAUCACCCCGCUCCAUUCUCCCGCUUUCCAUCACCCCGCCCCAUUCUCCUGCUUUCCAUAACCCCGCCCCAUUCUCCCGCUUUCCAUCACCCCGCCCCAUUCUCCCGCUUUCCAUCACCCCGCCCCAUUCUCCCGCUUUCCAUCACCCCGCCCCAUUCUCCCUCCUUCCAUCACCCUUGCCCAUUCUACCGCUUUCCAUCACCCCGCCCCAUUCUCCCUCUUUCCAUCACCCUGCCCCAUUCUUCCGCGUUCCAUCACCCCGCCCCAUUCUCCCGCUUUCCAUCACCCUGCCCCAUUCUCCCGCUUUCCAUUACCCCGCCCCAUUCUCCCGCUUUCCAUCACCCCGCCCCAUUCUCCCGCUUUCCAUCACCCCGCCCCAUUCUCCCGCUUUCCAUCACCCCGCCCCAUUCUCCCUCUUUCCAUCACCCCGCCCCAUUCUCCUGCUUUCCAUCACCCCGCCCCAUUCUCCCGCUUCCCAUCACCCCGCCCCAUUCUCCCGCUUUCCAUCACCCUGCCCCAUUCUCCCGCUUUCCAUCACCCCGCCCCAUUCUCCCGAUUUCCAUCACCCCGCCCCAUCCUCCCUCCUUCCAUCACCCCGCCCCAUUCUCCCGCUUUCCAGCACCCCGGCCCAUUCUCCCUCUUUCCAUCACCCCGCCCCAUUCUCCCGCUUUCCAUCACCCCGCCCCAUUCUCCUGCUUCCCAUCACCCCACCCCAUUCUCCCGCUUUCCAUCACCCCGCCCCAUUCUCCCGCUUUCCAUCACCCCGCCCCAUCCUCCCUCCUUCCAUCACCCCGCCCCAUUCUCCCGCUUUCCAGCACCCCGCCCCAUCCUCCCUCCUUCCAUCACCCUGCCCCAUUCUCCCUCUUUCCAUCACCCCGCCCCAUUCUCCCUCUUUCCAUCACCCCGCCCCAUUCUCCCGCUUUCCAUCACCCCGCCCCAUUCUCCCGCUUUCCAUCACCCCGCCCCAUUCUCCCGCUUUCCAGCACCCCGCCCCAUCCUCCCUCCUAUCACCCCGCCCCAUUCUCCCUCUUUCCAUCACCCCGCCCCAUUCUCCCGCUUUCCAUCACCCCGCCCCAUUCUCCCGCUUCCCAUCACCCCGCCCCAUUCUCCCGCUUUCCAUCACCCCGCCCCAUUCUCCCACUUUCCAUCACCCCACCCCAUUCUCCCGCUUUCCAUCACCCCGCCCCAUCCUCCCGAUUCCCAGCACCCCACCCCAUCCUCCCUCCUUCCAUCACCCCGCCCCAUCCUCCCUCUUUCCAUCACCCCGCCCCAUUCUCCCUCUUUCCAUCACCCCGCCCCAUUCUCCCGCUUUCCAUCACCCCGCCCCAUUCUCCCGCUUUCCAUCACGCCGCCCCAUUCUCCCGCUUUCCAUCACUCUGCCCCAUUCUCCCGCUUUCCAUCACCUCGCCCCAUUCUCCCGCUUUCCAUCACCACGCCCCAUUCUCCCGCUUUCCAUCACCCCGCCCCAUUCUCCCGCUUUCCAUCACCCCGCCCCAUUCUCCCGCUUCCCAUCACCCCGCCCCAUUCCUCUUUCCAUCACCCCGCCCCAUUCUCCCGCUUUCCAUCACCCCGCCCCAUUCUCCCUCUUUCCAUCACCCCGCCCCAUUCUCCCGCUUUCCAUCACCCCCCCCCAUUCUCCCGCUUCCCAUCACCCCGCCCCAUUCUCCCGCUUUCCAUCACCCCGCCCCAUUCUCCCGCUUUCCAUCACCCCGCCCCAUUCUCCCGCUUUCCAUCACCCCGCCCCAUUCUCCCGCUUUCCGUCACCCCGCCCCAUUCUCCCGCUUUCCGUCACCCCGCCCCAUUCUCCCGCUUUCCAUCACCCCGCCCCAUUCUCCCUCUUUCCAUCACCCCGCCCCAUUCUCCCUCUUUCCAUCACCCCGCCCCAUUCUCCCGCUUCCCAUCACCCCGCCCCAUUCUCCCGCUUUCCAUCACCCCACCCCAUUCUCCCGCUUUCCAUCACCCCGCCCCAUCCUCCCGAUUUCCCGUUUUAG